AGCGGCCGAGGCGGUGGGGAGGGGGGUGGGGGGGACGGACAGAGCGGCUUCGCUCGUGGACAGAGCGGGGGAAGAGAUUCUCUCUCCCCGCCCCGCCCCGCCGACCGGGCAGCGAAACCGCCGCGGCGGCGGGAGCGAGUGAGCGGGGCCCGCGGCGCUGCUGUGCCCAGCCAUGGACAAUCAGUGCACGGUGCAGGUGAAGCUGGAGCUGGGGCACCGAGCCCAGCUGMGGAAGAAGCCGACCACGGAAGGGUUCACCCAUGACUGGAUGGUGUUUGUGCGGGGCCCGGAGCAGUGYGACAUCCAGCACUUCGUGGAGCGCGUCGUCUUCCGGCUGCACGAGAGCUUCCCAAAACCCAAGCGAGUGUGCAAGGAGCCCCCCUACAAGGUGGAGGAGUCUGGCUACGCUGGCUUCAUUAUGCCCAUUGAAGUGCACUUCAAAAAUAAGGAGGAGCCCAAAAAGGUUUGUUUCACAUACGACCUGUUCCUAAAUCUGGAGGGGAAUCCCCCUGUGAACCACCUUCGUUGUGAGAAGCUGACUUUCAACAACCCCACCAAGGAAUUCAGGCGCAAACUCAUCAGGGCUGGAGGGGUAAUGGUGAUGCCAGAGGGAGCAGAGACUGUUUCAAGGCCGAGUCCCGAUUAUCCCAUGCUGCCCACGAUACCUCUCUCAGCCUUCUCUGAUCCCAAGAAGACCAAACCCUCCCAUGGGUCAAAGGAUGCAAACAAGGAAAGUAGCAAAGCAUCCAAGCCACAUAAAGUAACCAAGGAGCACAGGGAGAGGCCCAGGAAAGACUCUGAGAGCAAAAACUCCUCCAAAGAGCUUGAGAGAGAACAGAACAAGCCUUUGAAGGACUCCUCCAGAAAACCAACUGAGAACAAACUGCCUAAGGAGGAGAAGGCACCUCCAAAAGCUGCUUUCAAGGAACCAAAACUGGCCGUGAAGGAGACCAAACUGGAGAACACUUCUCCAAAGGGGGGGCCACAGCCGGAGUUAAAGUCUUCCAGCAAGAGGCCCUCCAACGUGGAGUCACCAAAGCCUAGUGCCAAAAAACAAAAAAAGAGUAGCUCCAAAGGGGURAAGAAUAUCCUGGGGACAUCUCCCAGAACCUCGUCUUCCUCAUAUCCAGAGAAGAAACAAACCAAGGAGAAGAUGAAUGCCAAAGUGGAGAAGGUAAAAUCUGAGAGCGAGGCCAAGGAGAUCAAAAAGCCUGUGGAAAUGGAGGAGUCGAACUCAGAGGAUGAAACUUCUUUCAAGUCAGAGGGGGUUAAGUCUGUCCAGUCCAGCCCUUCCAACUCCAGCUCCAGCUCCGACUCCAGCUCUGACUCUGAUUUCGAGCCAUCUCAGAACCACAGUCAAGGCCCCCUGCGCUCCAUGGUGGAGGAUCUGCAGUCGGAGGAGUCGGAUGAUGAUGACAGCUCCUCUGGAGAGGAGGCAGCAGUCAAAGCCAACCCYGUCAGCCGGGAUUCCAGACUGAGCCUCAGUGACAGUGACAGUGACAACAGCGCCGACUCCUGCCCGCCCAGCCGGGAGCCRCCUCCUGGGCAGAAACUGCCCCCAGCAAACAACAAGGCAUCUGGAAGGAAAAGCCCRGAGUCUUGUAACAAGCCAGAGAAGAUCCUGAAGAAGGGAACGUAUGACAAGGCCUACACGGAYGAGCUGGUGGAGCUCCACAGGCGACUCAUGGCACUACGGGAGCGCAACGUUCUCCAGCAGAUCGUCAAUCUCAUUGAGGAAACYGGGCAUUUCAACGUCACCAACACAACCUUUGACUUUGACCUCUUCUCCCUGGAUGAGACGACCGUCCGCAAGCUGCAGAGCUACCUGGAGGCCGUGGCCACAUGACGCUGGGCCUGGCAAGCUGGCUCUGCUCUUCAACCAGAGAUCCCCUUCAUUGGUACCAGGAAACCACCCCAUGGAACUAGGCCUUCUUACCCUCCUGCCUCACCCGAAGAAGCACUGCCUUAGAGAACAGCCAUGCUCUAGGAAUGCUCAGCCAGCUGCACUUUUCUUGUAGGCUUCGAACCAGCGCCCGCCUUGCUGAGCCUGUCCCCAGCCCGGCUCCGUGGGCCAGGCCCCGAGCAGAGCAGGCGUGCUGCACUUAGGCUGCCCAGCGCCACCUUUCGGUUUCCCUUCGAGCGACUGUGUUUCCAGAGCACAUUUUGCAGGCGUCUCUGAGAUCUGCAGCAGCGUGGACGCUGUUCCCUUCCCCUGAAACUCGGGACCAGCCCGCCGAGAGCUCCGGGAUGCGGGGCCCUGCUGCUCUGCGCUGUGUGGGGCACAGGGGCUUUGACAAAACUACUGGGGACA